UCGAGGAGGAGGAGCUAUUUUCCCUGAAUUGGAUCCUCUACUGUCCCCCUUCAAGCGCAAAUCGGAGGCGCGCCAGCACACAGGGACUAAUACACUGUCUCAGAGGGAGGGAAGAGGUCUUCACUUUCACGCCAUCUGAGUAACCACAGUCUCGGUUAUCUCUGGGAAAAGAGGGAAAAAAGGGACGCAAGCAUGGAUGUUAGCGGACAGUCUACAGAACUGCGCAAAUACAUGUGAUGGGAGUAGUCAUCAGUUCCACGACAUUUGACACUUAAUCGUACAUCAAGAAGAAAAUUCAAUGACAAGUAUUUCUUCUUCACAACUGUAAAAUAAAUAAAUUAAAUAAUUACCUGCGAUAAUCUGACGUUAUUGCAGUAUCCCAGCUAGAUGCCGUAUAGGCUAAUGCUUCUCCUGUUAUUACUUUUUCCCUGCGGUCGAUAUGCAGUAGAAACAACGGGACCGUUAAAACUUUUUUUCUUUAUUCUGCGAUGAAGCUGCCUUUCAACGGGAACACGGUUUUAUGUGUAAUUCAAAGCCUGUUUCGGAUUAACCCGCUGUCUUCCUUGUUCCGCGCACUGGACAUUAAUAAACAUAAAAUGUUGGCCCACAUAGUCUUGAUCUUCUCCUUCAUCAUUGCUGCCAGCUCUCAAAGUGUCCAGCCAUCCUCCAGAGGUUCCUGCGAUACCCUGUGUGCCUGUGAGGAAAAAGACGGCGUCCUGCACAUAAACUGUGAGGCCAGAAACAUCAGCAAACUCUCGCAGGUCCAGGUGCCAUCAGACCUGCCCUUUAACCUCAACCUGUACAAGAAUGACCUGGUCGAGCUGAAUGCAGAAGAUCUGGAGGGGCUAAGAAAUGCUAUUUCCCUUCACCUGGGGGCUAACAGCAUACAGGAGCUGGAGCCAGGGGUCUUCAGUGCCCUGAGCUCCCUGAAGAAGCUUCACAUCAACAGCAACUUUCUUGUGAUGCUGAAAGAGGACACUUUCCAGGGGCUGGGAAAUCUGGAGUUCCUGCAAGCUGACACAAACUUCAUUCGGGUGGUGGAGCCAGGGGCUUUCAGCAAGCUCAUUCGCUUGAAGGUGCUGAUCCUAAAUGACAACUCCAUCGAGUUUCUGCCCACCAACAUCUUCCGCUUCGUGCCGCUCACCCACCUGGACCUGCGAGGGAACCGGCUGCAGUCUCUACCCUAUGUGGGUUUCCUGGAGCAUGUGGGUCGCAUCAUAGAGCUCCUGCUGGAGGACAAUGCCUGGGUGUGUGACUGUGAGAUCCUGCCCCUGAAGAUCUGGGUUGAGAGCAUGCGGUCCCAGGCCGGCAUUGGCGAGGUGGUCUGCAACAGUCCCCCAUACCUCAAGGGCAGCCUUCUCAGCAAGGUCAAGAAAGAUGUUCUGUGUCCCUCCCACACUGAUAUAGACCUGGAGGAGCCAUCCAAGUCUUUGGACCUGGUGGUGACCCCUUCAACGAAAUUGGUCCAGAUCCCCAAGGUGAUGGAUGCUAAGGAUGAUGCCAAGAUCCCCACACCGGCGCACAAUCCGGUGGCUUUCUGCACCGAACGUUGCUCUUGUUACAGCCACCCAACUGCUGGCUUAUUGGUUCACUGUCAAGACAGGGGGAUCCAAAGGAUUUCAGAACUUGGGCUUCUCCAGCAGAGUCCCAGGAAGCUCAUCCUGACUGGAAACAUGAUCCAGAGGCUCCUGCAAUAUGAUUUUGUGGUGUAUGAGAGCCUGGAGCUGCUGAAUUUAGCAAACAACCAAAUUGAUUAUGUGGACAAUGAAACUUUUCUCAGCCUAGACCAUUUGAAAAGGCUUUACUUGAAUGGUAAUAGACUGGAUCAUUUGUCCCCAGGAAUGUUCACUGGACUCCACAAUCUAGAGUACUUGUAUUUGGAAUACAAUGCAAUCAAAGAAAUUCUCCCUGGUACUUUCAACCCUAUGCCAAACCUGAAGCUGCUCUCCUUAAACAACAAUUUUCUUCAAACCCUCCCAUUGCAGAUAUUUCACAAUGUCCCACUUGCUACUUUGAAUCUGAGGAAAAACCAAUUCUUGCACUUAGCUGUGAGCAAUCUGCUUGAUCAGUUGAAUUCCCUGGAGAAGAUUUACUUGGAGGAUAACCCAUGGGAUUGUAGCUGUGACCUAGUCAGUCUCAAACAGUGGGUAGAGAAACUGGCUAAGGAUAUAGUAGUAGGCACUAUUUUGUGCCACAUGCCAAGGAAAGUUGCUAAAUCUGAACUGCGGGAUGUAAAAGCUGAGGCUAUGUGCCCAGGCCUGAAUGAUAAGGACAGUCAAGGUGAAACCACCGAACCAACCACCACCAGCAAUGCUGCGGGAGGCUUCUUCCACUCGCUGACUAACACAGUACCGCUCUCUGUCCUGAUCCUCAGCCUCCUCGUCCUCUUCCUCACGGUCAUCUUUUGUUCGGCAGGGAUAGUAGUCGUGGUUUUGCACCGGCGGCGGCGGCGGUCCAAGAAGGGCCAGUCAGAGGACCAGCCCAGGGAGAAUAGCCCCAUCCACCUGCAAUACAGCAUGUAUGGGCAGAAGACUACCCACCAUGUGGCACAGAGGGCUCGUGUGAAUGUGAACACCUACGAUGACUCGGGUCACAGCCCCGUUAUUCAGUUGUGCCGGACCCCCACCUACUGUGCCCGCCACAAGGACCAGGAGCUGGACCAGCUCCCCGCCAUCCUAGAUGAGCCCAAACACCUCUGUCGCAGCCUCCUGGAGAUGGAGGACGAGUCGCCUCCCAUGGGCAAGAACCUCAAGUUCAUGGCUUUGACAGAAGGCCCAGCUGAAUUUGUGGCCCUGGGAGACCCUGGGUCCCUCUACCGGAACAUUCUGGAGAGGGAGAGGGACCUCCAGCAACUGGGGAUCACAGAGUACCUCAGGAAGAACAUUACCCAGCUGCAGCCCGGUGGAACUGAGAUCCAGGGCAAGGAACAGCACGAGGAGCUGAGGCUCAUGGAGGCCAUCAUGUACGGCCGGCCACGCAAGGUUUUGGUGGAACAGUCCAAAAAUGAGUAUUUCGAACUGAAAGCCAACCUCCACACAGAGCCUGACUAUCUGGAGGUCCUCGAGCAUCAACCACCUUUCAACUAAAAAAGGGUAUUUUUUAUUUACCUCUUGAAGUGCCUUAGAAUGUUGUCAUCCAUAUUAUAAUCUGCCUCACAUUGUCAAUGUGAAAGCAAUAAUUCAAGUCUAAUUCAGCAACUGCAGUUUGUCUGAUUGAAUACUUCUGCAACUGUAAUAAUGAAUUCUAACUGUUCAGACUGGCCAUAGCACAUGCACAUACAUUCGGACAGACAUAAGGAGUUACUGUAUGUUUCCUUUGUAAAUACUUUACAACUCAGAACUUACUGUGCAUUCUCCAUCAUGUUUUCAAGACUGUAUAUUGUGCCAGAAAAGAAACCUAUGCCAGGUGCCACAUAGUCAGUGCUAUGCCAGGACUGGUUGCUGGUGUGACAAAAAAUGAAAGCAAAGAGCAUGUCAUGUUUUAGCUGUCAAUGUUUAUUUAAACUCAUGAUAUAUACUAAUUUACAUGCACACACACAGACGCAAACAUGCACGCAUACACACACACUGACACACGCACACACACACACACACACACACACAUUGUUUAUUGUGAAAAAUGAGUCUGCCCUGAAAAGUUGCUAUACUUUUCUGUUUUUGUUUCUAUAAAUAUAUGUUAGCUAAGAAUUGCACAUACUUUGACUUAAUCUGUUGGCAGCCUUUUAUGUAUACAGUUGGAUAUACUUUUGAUUUUGCACUAUUCAAAAGGUUAUUUCAAAGAUGGUGCAUGACAAUCAUUUUUUUUUUCUUCAGUUUUGACCUUCAAACUCAGACCCAAGGAAUUCAGCUACUGAUUUAAAAAAAGAUGUAUGUGGUAUUUUUUCUCUUUUUUUGUCAUGUCUUGUGGGAAAUCUAAAUGAUAAUUCUCACCAGUACUUCUCAGCAUAAUAAUUAUUCAGGGUGUAAAACCACUUUUCUAUUAUUAUUAUGAUUAUUAUUAUUAUUAUUAUUAUUAUUAUUAUUAUUAUUAUUAUUA